AUGCGUCGAGGUACUGUAAGACGAGGUCCCACUAUGCGUGGACGAGGUGGUUACCGCCCUCCCAUUGGUCGCACACGUCAAGAAGACGAAGAGGAAUUCAUGGCUCUCAAUGGCCCCGAUGACGAUGUCGAGAUGGAACAGAUUGAAUUCAGCGACAAUCGUAAAAGCCUUGGUGAUCGUCCCACGUAUCAACACGGAGAAGAGACUUUUGGCGACGUGAUAUCGCAUCCAGUCGAACAAUUUCAGGCACAUCGUGAAAGGCGAAAGACAUACUUGAAAGAGUUGGAAGCAUGGAAAUCAUCAUCUCCUGAAGAACAUGCAAAGGAAAUGCCACCACCACCAAUGCCUGAACCUGACACCGAAUAUGUGAUUGUUGUCCAUUUUCGGCAGUUGCGAGGCAACCAGAGUUUUGCACUGGCCCAUGAUAAGGCGGAUGAAUUUGCUAGUUUGCUGCGGUUGACUCCACAAGAACGAAUCAAGUUUAAUGGUGUGCAUGACACUGACGGCCUAACCGCUUUCCUAUACAAGUGCAAACGCGACUUUUCAAUCAAGAUCCAUCACCACAAAUCGGAUCAUUUUGAACCCACACAUCACGAUUUAUCUCAACUUGAACACAAUCCCAACAACCGCACCAUCGAAUUCAAUGAAAACGUUUAUGUGGAGUUUAAGCCUCGUAUACACCAUAAUGAGCACCUUCCAGUCGAAGCUACACGUAGACCCUUCUUUCAACAUCCAGAGCCUGAUCUCAGUGCUGAUAUCGGUCAAGAAAAGGCAGCAUCUUGGUUGGAGCUCUUUUAUGACUUGUUUUACGUCGCUACCUUGACUGAAUUCACCCACAGCCAUGUUAUCAAAGAUUGGACAUCACUGGGAACAUAUGCACAAUGGUUCGUUAUCACCUGGUGGGCAUGGACAGCAAGUUCAUUAUACACCGCUCGAUUUGACACGGAUGAUGUCGUACACCACAUUUGGAAAUUAAUUGAAAUGUGUGCUGUCAUCUCCAUGGCAGGUACUGCUCAACACUUUUUGACAUCCGCAGCUUAUGUUUAUGGCUAUAUCGCACUCAAGGCUGUAUUGGUGUUUGAAUAUUCAAUCGUGCUGGUGGUUGCUCUUCUUGCAAGAUCAAAAUCACGCAUUGCAUUGUCCUUUUAUGUUGGUGCCAACCUCAUCUCGAUCACGCUGUGGGCUUCUUCCCUAGCCAUCCUCGACCAAGGCAUCCAUCGUGUACUAUGGUAUUUGGGUAUCCUGACAGAGGUCUUGGUGAACGUUAUUAGCCGUGGUGAUAAGACACUUUCAUGGGCUGCUAGCAAUCUUGCCGAACGUUUGGGUUUGCUCACACUGAUUGUUCUGGGCGAAAACCUGAUGGGGUUAGUUGGAUUGGUCGCCGCAUCGGGCCUGGACAUUAUGAUCAUGGCACCCAACUGGAUGGCGGUAGUCAUCAUCUUUGGAUUCUUUUUUAUGUACUUUGAGGAUUUCACCAAAGAGGUUUUCUUGCAAAGCAAACACCACCAGAUUUGGGUUUAUCUUCAUUUCCCCCUGCAUCUUUGCCAGGUUGCUUUUGGUAUUGCAUUGAUCAACACUCUCAAGGUAUACCGUUCACAGCUUAUAGAAGAUGGUGUUCUACAUGAAGAAGAACCUGCAGCUGAAGGAGCAGCAAGUGGUGAACAUGGAGCUGAGCCAGCUGCAAGCGGUGAACAUGGAGCUGAACCUGCAGCAUCAGGAUCCAGCAGUGAACAUGGAGCAGAGCCAGCAGCUGCAUCGGAAUCUUCGAGUGGCGAGGCACAACCCAAUGAGAGUAGCAGUAGUGGAUCAAGUACAGAGAGUGCUCACAAGCUGGCAAAGCGUGCAUUGGAUUCUGUUUAUCCCGACGCAAUUGAUGAUACCCAUUUCUCAACACCAUCCGUGCAUACAACUGUUUCGGUGAAGCCUGCUGGAUCAUUAGGUGCAUUGCAUGAAACCGGUUAUGUCACCAUGUUCAAGUAUGCAUUGAGCACAGCAGCGUUCACAGCACUACAAGCUAUUGAAAUGACUUCGUCAACAUCUGGUGAUAGCAACGAUAUGAUGGAUGCACAUGCAAACAGCACACAUCAUCUUGUGCGGAGAGCUGGGGCUGAAGAGCUCAAGGUGGACUUUUCAGACGAUGAGAAGAACUUCAUUUACAAAACAUUCCUGAUCAUGGGAGGGUUGAUCCUUAUUCUGAACUCGCUCAUCAAAUUCAUCAAUACCAAGCUUAAAGACAUUUACGGCAUCGUCAUCAUUGGAUCACGGAUUCUUAACGCAAUCGUCCUGUGGAGCAUGUGUGCACUUCCCUUUUCUCAGCUACAUGCUAUUGUUCUUUUGGCAGUCAUGAUGGGAUCUUUGAUCCUGCAAGCCAUUGUUGAUUUGCUGGAUUAA